AUGCGAACAGCGUACCUCGUCGCCAUCUUGGCGUCGCAGAUGAUCAGCGCCGAGCUCCCUCGCCAGUGCGGCGGCGUCGGCUUCCACGGACCGACCGCGUGCCCGCUUCAAUAUGCGUGUACGUACGUCAGCGCUUCGUUGAGCCAGUGCACACCCGUGGUCCAUCGAUACCUGCGCCAGCGCCAAGAGACCACGGACGCACCCACCGAUGAGCUGACGGAUGCUCCCACCGACGCACCUACCGAGGCACCCACCGAGGCACCCACAGAUGCUCCCGCCGCUGAGGCCACCGAGCUUCCCACGGACAAGCCGACGGAGUCUCCCAUCGACAAGCCGACGGAGUUUCCCAUCGACAAGCCGACUGAUGCCCCCACAAAUGAGCCGACCGACGCUCCCACCGAUGAGCCGACUGACGCUCCCACCGUUGAGCCGACGGAGGCCCCCGCCGCUGAGGCCACCGAGCUUCCCACGGACGAGCCGACGGAGGCUGCCACCGAUAAGCCAACCGAUGAACCAACGGAGGCCCCUGCCGUUGAGUCCACCGAGCUUCCCACUGACGCACCCACCGAAGCCCCCACAGAUGCUCCAACGGAUGAAGCGACUGAUGCACCCGCCGUUGAGUCUACUGAGCUUCCCACUGACGAGCCGACGGAGGCUCCCACCGAUGCGCCGACUGAUGCUAACACCGAUGAGUCUACUGAGCUUCCCACCGACGCACCCACCGAAGCCCCCACAGACGCACCUACAGAUGAAACUGAUGCUCCCGCCGACGAGUCCACCGAGCUUCCCACAGACGAGCCGACAGAGGCUGCCAUCGAUGAGCCGACUGAUGCACCCGCCGUUGAGUCUACUGAGCUUCCCACUGACGAGCCGACGGAGGCUGCCAUCGAUGAGCCGACGCAGGCCCCCACCGAUGAGUCGACUGAGAUUCCCACGGACAAGCCGACCGACGCACCCAUCGAUGAACCAACAGAUGCUCCGACCGACAAGCCGACAGAGGCUCCGACCGACGAGUCGGGCGAGGUCCUUAUUGACGAGCCGACGGCCGCCUCCACGGCUGAGCCCACGAGCGCUUCGACAGCGGCGCCGACGGACGCACCGACCGAGGCUCCUACCGACGCUCCCACGGACGCCCCAAAGGGUGCCACUCCCAAAGCAACCGAAGAGACCGCUUCGCUCACGACCAACGUCGGUGGUCUUGUGCUGACGACUGCGCCGUCGCCCAGUGACGUUGCAAUCCGGUAUGGCCAAUGCGGCGGCUUGAACUUUAGCGGCCCUGUGCUCUGCCCCGAAGGCUUUGCAUGUGAGUACAGCAACGAGUACUACUCGCAGUGCGUCCCGAUCCCAGACCUCCCCGGCGUCCGCACGUGGGGCCAAUGCGGCGGCAACAACUACGACGGACCCUCCGACUGCGAAGUCGGGAGCUACUGCUUCGAGUGGUCCGACUGGUACGCGCAGUGCCUCCCGAUCUAACCGCUUUCUCUUUUGUGUCGUAACACGUUUUAACACGUCUCGUCUGCCCAUCGCCUACCUUUGCUGACAGCGUCCUA